AUGUUUGUAAUUUGUACACAUGGCCAUUGUGAUUUCCACAAGAAGGAUUUGACAGAUGUACGUGUGACUGAAAUCGAAGACUCUAAGAAUGAGAGUUAGACUGAAAACUAAAGCGAUCACAGUCUAUUUGUGCACUGUUGCCCUUACUUCUGCGUGUGUCUUGCUGAUAAUCCAUUUCAAUGGACGAGAUAUUGAAUCGAAAAGUCGAUCAUUUGACCACAUGGCUGUGGACAGAGUGAUGCUGGCACAUGAACAGAAAGGCUUGUGGGUGCCUGAAGAUAAACCUGCACUCGUCAAUCUCAUGGAGAAAGAGCCUCAUCAUCAACGACAAGAGGACAGUGUAAAGAAGGCAAAGAUUUCACAUCUCCCAGAUGUCAAGGAUCUGUCCCCGACUGAACGGCUAACCAGUCUGUCUAGAGCAAAGGUUGCCAACCUGAGUUACGCUGACCUGUCUGAGCUGUAUCACAGCUAUGUGAUGACGAUACAGUAUGAAUGUCACAACAUUGUCCGCUUGGGUCGUGUCACGGACGGAGGUUGGGAGAUAUGCGGGGAUGAGAUGUUUGUGCCUAAGUCCAAGUGUCUGGUUUAUUCUUUUGGUGUUGGAGAUGACUUCAGCUUCGAUGAUGCCGCAGCUCGCAACUACAAGUGUGAGGUGCACUCCUUUGACCCGAGCAUGAAGCAGAGUGACCAUGAGCGAGAGAGCACGGUUCACUUCCACAAAAAAGGCCUUGCUGAUUUCAAUGGGGAGACGAACAGUGGGUGGAAGGUGGGGACGCUGGAGUCCAUUAAACAUGAGCUGGGUCAUCAGGAGAGGCCACUGGCCAUUCUAAAGAUGGAUAUAGAAGAAUGGGAAUGGCAGGUGCUCCCGGAGAUACUGUCCACACAGUCACUGUCGGACGUGAAACAGUUCCUCAUAGAGCUCCAUGCCUGCGAGACAUGUUCUGUGUUCAACCCUCAACUCAUAGACAAGGAACCCACCAAGGAGAGAUACAUCAAGGCGCUCAAUCUUUUUAAAUCACUCUAUCAUUUAGGAUUCAGAAUUUUCUGGAGCCACAAGAACAAUGCAUGUAAAUAUGUUUCAAGAUUUGGACUAAAAGAAAGGAGUGCUUGCCACGAACUUCACAUGGUUCGAGUCAGCUAAUCGGAAUAGUCUUGAGUUAUAGUUGCAAGUUCCUCACAGAGAUAGCCCAUUCGCGGUGCUCUCUAUACUAUCGCUGCCACCAGUCAAAACUCCCCACUGUCAUAGGUGACCACAGCCAUGCUUGGAGAUGAACUUGCAACCGACUGACCGUUAUGUUUACAAACUAGCGAUGACUGCCGUGACGUUGAAUACUCUUACUCCAGCUUAAUUAUUUUCUAUGUUUGUCAAUUUGAAUUUCUAUUUCAUUCCAACUAUUAUGUAAUUGGUAUAGUAAGAAUGUAACGGGGAAGUUAAGCGAUUUUCUGAUAGUCUGCAAUCUCGAACCAUACGAUUAAACUAGCAAAAAAGUAAAUUCAUCUGGAAAAUCCUGUGAGUCGAAAACCUUUUCAAAAUUCACAAUGAUGGCAUUCCUCAAAACAUAAACAAAAAUAUAAACGUUACUACAUUUGGUGUUAGAGGGCCGAUUUCAAGACUUGUAAUGGUUGCGCCCACACUGGUGUCAGCCAUGUUAUUGAGAGUGUGACGAAGGUGUCACACGCUGGGAAGGAGCUUGGAACAGUCAGUCAAAGGGGAGGUAAUUUGAAAGCUUUUACCCCUUUGUUAUUAGUUUAGUGCAAAUCAUUUCUCUUGGCUGUGUUAUUGAAUUAUGAAUCUUUGUUUAAGAAAUCACUUUAUGGUUUGGUUUACACAGUAAACCUGUGAACAAUGUUAUUGAUGAACAAAAAGUAACUUCUUCAUGCGUUGUAUGACGAUUAUGUUUGCAGUGUAUGGUAUCAGUACUUGAUUAUAAUGUGUGCUUACUGUAACCUUCCUCACCAUGUUCAUUGAAGUGUUUAUCACCCAGCGCAACGAAUACAGCAUAAUCGACUUAUUGAACACUUUUGCUGGAUAGAUUCGUGGUUCCCGGGUAAUGACACUGUGCAAUAGUACCAGCAGGUUAGGCCAUUUUGUCUCAUUUACUGCAGAAAUUAUUCGCUCUACAAAUCACCAUGUGACAAAAACUGCAGUCAAAUUAUUUUGUGUCACAAAUUUGAUCGAGAAAAACUUACACGCUACUUCAACUUUGAACUUCCCAAAUUUAGGUGGCUCGUUUUGCUACGUAAGUUUUUAAUGAUUUUUACCUGUCUAAAAAAUUCUAUCUUAAGGGUAGCUAUCCUUGAAUAUCCAGAGUCUUAAUUACUGACAUAAGUGAGAGAAAGCCUGCACUAUGUUAAGAUAUAAGAGAAACAGAGAGAAACGAUGAUGUGACUUCCUAAAUGAAACUAUGGAGUCAUGUGGGUCUAGGGUGUUUAUCAUGAUAGAAAGACCAUAUAACAAGCUGAAUAAUCAAUGAAUCAUUGUGUCUCAUUAAAUGAUGAAUGAUCAUCGGCAGAGCCUCUUGACCCAUGAUCAGGACCCUCACUACACCCCACUCUGUCUUGCAGCUAUUCACAGAGAUUUUUGAAUGGGGCCUAGACUGUGGAAUGCGAUAUCACAGAUCAACUUAUAUUUAUGAUCAUACUACAUUGUCCCGGGGUAGAAAAGGUCUUCAGCAACCCAUGCUUGCCGUAAAAGGCGACUAUGCUUGUCGUACCAGGUGACUAACGGAUCAGGUGGUCAGGCUCGCUGACUUGGUUGAUGCAUGUCAUCGUAUCCAA